AUGAAACCGGAAUAUCUAACUCUAAUAAAUUCUGCACUGAGGUUGGCAACACACUGGGGAGCCAUCGUCUUGAUUGACGAGGCCGAUGUGUUUCUGGAACAGCGUACUAUCCAUGAUCUUACUAGGAAUUGCUUAGUCUCUCUUUUCCUUCGAACUCUGGAAUACUAUGAGGGCAUUCUCUUUCUGACCACCAAUCGCCUGACAAGCUUCGAUCUAGCGUUCAAAUCUCGCAUACACCUCGCGCUGAAGUAUACUGCUCUGGACCAUCAUCGACGAAAAGAGUUGUGGAGACUCUUCAUUGGCCGUACCGUGAAGCAAAAUCCCGAGAUGUGGGAGGAGGCGGUUUUGGACGAUUUGGCUAGGGUUGACAUUAACGGCAGGCAGAUCAAGAAUUCGGUGCGAACUGCGAGUACGCUUGCUCGAUCCAUGAAUAUGGCUUUGGCUAAAGAACACAUCGAUAUUGUCUUGGGGACAAUCGAGAGUUUUGAGGCGGACUUGAACGAGGACACUCAGGAUGCGGUGGAUUGA